AUUUGAUUAAAAAUUCGUCGCAGAGAGAGUGAGCAAUAUCUAUUUUAAGAUUCGACAUAAUCUCAUAGGAGAAAUGUUUGCUACUUACAUUUUUUUGUUUUAAUUAUCCGGAGACAUCAACCUUUCAGGGAAACAGUUUUGUGUAUUAAUUAUGGAGGAAACAACCUAUACAAAAGAAUUGCAGGUUCAGAAAGUUAGACAGAGGCUGAACGCCGAGAAAAUAAAACUUUGGCUACCUCCAUACACAUCUGCAGAUAAUAACGAGGGCAAUAUUCCGCAGGCUUUAUGUGAGGAAUACUCCAGAGAUUUGCAGAUCCCUGCUUUUGAAAUUAGAGAAAUGCUUGAGCACUUGCGACAGCAUGCUUUACAAAAACUGUCCGAAAGGGAUCAGUUUCAAAAGACAGGAAAGGCCAUAUUGAAAAUUAAAGCUUCAGGCCAAAGAGAAAAUAAGGAAAAAAUUAGAGUAACAGAGACAGUAGAAAUACAACUGACAUGUACUGGCCAUGAUCUGAGGCAGAUAUUGUCAGAGAGACUGGGCUUACCAGCACAUCAUCUGAAGAUAAUCUGUCAUGGUCAUGUGAUCAGCAUGAAUAAACAACUCCAGGAACAGAAUGUUAAGCAUGGGUCUCAGAUAAUGUGUCUUUGUCUGUCUGUAUCUGAGGCAGAAGCAGCACAGAAAGAAGACGAAGUUCUACAAAUGAUGAACACUCGCCAGGCUGCAGAACUCCUGUCCAACAAAGUGGGAAAAGAUGAUUAUGAUGUUAACAUUCAAAUAGCAGACCAGUCAGGACGGCCUUUACAACUACCACCAGAGGAAAAAAAGGCUUUAACUCUAGCUAUGACAUUGCAUGAGAAGGGAAGAGUGGCCUUAAAGAAAAAAGAAAUCACAAAAGCCUUAUUAUUGUUACUGGAGGCUGACAAGGAAUUCAGGAAGUGUGGAGCAAACAUUUUGACUGCUGUAGAUAACUAUGCAGUUUUAUGUUUGGACAUUGUAUGGUGUUACUUAUGUUUACAGAAUGUAGAAGAACUGCCAGAUGCAGACCAAAGACUCAGAUCUAGUGAGGAAUGCUUUAUAAGAAGUUAUGGAGCCAACUUAGAGAGGGUGGCUGCUGUCAAGGGAGAGUCUGGAACACAGUUAGCUCUAUAUAUGAAGCUACAUCUCCUACAAGGCAUUGUGGCCUUCCACCAUCACAGAAUAGCAGAGGCACACUCACAUCUUAAAAAGGCAGAGGAAGAGCUCAGCAGGCUUCAAGUUGAUGAAAACAAACUUUCACAAGUAAUGAUGAUGGGGUUUGAUGAACGAGAGGGUCGUCUUGGGUUAAGAGCCACGAGCGGAGACGUCACUAAAGCCAUACAGCACAUUAUUGAAAAAAGGAAGGAGAAAGAAGAAAUUGAAAAGAAAGUUAAAGAGGAACGUAGAAUGAAGAAAAUUAAAAAAGAUCUGGGUGAAACAGCCUCAGGAAAAAGGGUAAAUGUAUCCCUAUACGAGAACCUGGUCAGCAUGGGGUAUGGUAAAGGAGCUGCAGCAGCGGCCCUCAGACAGACUGACAACGACCUGAACCAGGCUUUAGAGGUUCUACAGUUACAUCCUGAGCUCUUACACCUACCAGAUCCAGAAAAGAAAUCGGUGAACAUUACAGAUGACAUGAUUGCUCAGGUGGUGGCAAUGGGUUUUGAUCCUGUUAUGGCUAGCAGAGCCUUACAGUUAUUCAGUGGAAAUGUGCAGAAAGCGCUAGAGGAAUUAAUACAGGAAGGUAGUGUGCUACCUUCAUCAUCAGAUGAGAGCUCAUCUAGCAGCUCAGGAAGUUCCCCGGACUCUGAGGCUGGACCCUCCCACAGGACAUCUGAGGAAGAGAGACGGACUAUAGAGGACCUCGUGUCUGAUCUCCCAAAGGAUGAGGAGGAUUACCUGGACCUCACUCUACAGGAGGAGGCCCAGUACCUCGAGGAGUACCUAGCCAAAGUCAACAGUGUCAUGUCUAACACCAAUACAUAAAGCCCAAUACCUUGAGGAGUACCUAGCCAGACUCGACAGUGUCACAUCUAACUCUAACACAUGAAUGUGAUGUACAUGGUACUUGGAGUGGUAAUUCUGUUAUGAUUGUUCUUGUGUAUUUAUACAGUGUUUUUUAUUCUGAUGAAAUUAAGGAUGUUAAGUCUAAAGAAUAUGGAUCCUUACAAAAUAAGAGAUGCAAGUUCUCUUUUAUUUAGUAAAAAGUGCCUUGUGUGUUUUUGAAGAUUCUUGAUAUAAGAUAAUUUAUGCAAAAUCAAAUAAUAUCUACCUCUUAUAUUCUGUGAACCAUACAUAGUUACUAUAAAUUUAUUUUUAAGAAAAACAAAUAUAGAUGGUUCAUCUUUCCUUGCUACAAGUAACUUUUUACACAGCUAUAAAUCUUUUCAAAUUUGCACGUUUUGAUACCUUAUGAUCUCAAUAGAUUUUGGAGUAGCAGAACUAUUUUGUAUUUUGG